CUCUCUGAGACCAACGAUAGUAAAUCGGCUGCUCGUAUUUCUCGACGAAGCUUUCCGCCCCAAAAGCGAGAAAGAAGAAGGACAAAAAAAAACACGCACACGGAGGCACACAAGUCGGCAGCUACAAUGUUUCCUCAAAACCGACCACCGGCACCUCUGCAGCCACCCCCGGGGUCUUCGGCCUCAGUGGUGGCAGCCGCAGCAGCAGCAGCCGCAGCAGCAUCAGGGACGCCCCAGUCAUUGAAACUAACCUACCCAGAAACUUUGGACCGCAUCAAGGAGGAGUUUCAGUUUCUCCAGACCCAGUACCACAGUUUGAAACUGGAAUGUGAGAAACUGGCUACAGAGAAGACAGAGAUCCAGAGGCACUACGUUAUGUAUUACGAGAUGUCCUACGGCCUUAACAUUGAAAUGCACAAACAGACGGAGAUUGCCAAGCGGUUGAACGUGAUCUGUGCUCAGCUCAUCCCAUUCCUGUCACAGGAGCACCAACAACAGGUGGUCCAGGCCAUGGAGCGCGCCAAACAGGUGACCAUGGGGGAGCUAAAUGCUUCGAUAGGGGUACGUGGGCUCCCCCCUCUGCCUCAUAGCCAGCAGCUUCAGGCUCAGCACCUCUCUCAGCAUGCCCAGGGUUUGCAAAUGGGCCCUCACCCAUCAGGACUGCCUCACCCCGGCCUGGCGCUCGGCGGAGGGUCCGGCCUGCUGGCCCUGUCUGGGGCUCUGGGGGCUCAGCUAGCUGCCAAGGAUGAGAGAGCUCACCUAGAGGCAGCAGCAGCCGCCGCUGCCGCUGCAGAGCACCACAGAGACCGUGAAGCAGGACCAAGCUCUCUGUCCAACGGGGAUAAGGGUCGCCCAGCAGACUACCUCAGCAACGGCAAGAAGAGGAAAGCUGAUGAGAAGGAGUUCAUGACUGACUAUGGCAGCGAUGCGGAUAAGAGUGAUGAUAAUUUGGUGGUGGAUGAGGACCCGUCGUCCCCUCGCAGUGUGCAGUCUUACUCGUCCAGGGAGAACGGCCUGGACAAGAUGCCCCUGUCACGUAAGGACGGCCCCCCGCAGGCCAGCCCCGCCUCCCUGGCCUCCUCCAGCAGCGCAGCCUCCCCAUCUCGUGGCAAAGAGCCCCCACAGAGGGAGAAGUCCAGUACUCCAGUUUCCUCCCUUCUCCCUCCUCCAGCUCUUGGUCUGAGAAACCCCCUGGCGGUGCAGGGAGCAUACCCUCCUGGGGCUUUCGGCCUGCCUCCAGGGGUGAACGGGGACCUGGUCGGGGCGGCGGGUUACGGCGCCGGCCUUCACUUAGUCUCACCCCAGAUGAACGGAGCUGCUGCAGCAGCAGCAGCGGCAGCUGCCGCAGGCUACGGACGGUCCCCUGUGGUGGGCUAUGAGUCUCCACACCCGCAUAUGAGGGUCCCUGGGCUGCCUGCCAGCUUGCAGUCAGCCGCCUCCGGAAAACCCGCCUACUCGUUCCACGUGAGCGCAGACGGCCAGAUGCAGCCGGUGCCCUUUCCCCCUGACGCCCUGCUGGGCCCGGGAAUCCCUCGCCACGCCCGUCAGAUUCACACCCUGAACCACGGAGAGGUUGUGUGUGCCGUCACCAUCAGCACCUCGACGCGCCACGUCUACACCGGAGGCAAGGGCUGCGUCAAGGUGUGGGACAUCAGCCAGCCUGGAAGCAAGAGCCCCAUGGCCCAGCUGGACUGUCUGAACAGGGAUAACUACAUCCGCUCCUGCAAGCUGCUCUCAGACGGACGGACCUUGAUCGUCGGCGGGGAGGCCAGCACGCUGUCAAUCUGGGAUUUGGCCACGCCCACUCCCCGCAUCAAAGCAGAGCUGACGUCGUCCGCUCCCGCCUGCUACGCUCUGGCCAUCUCCCCUGACAACAAGGUCUGCUUCUCCUGCUGCAGCGACGGCAACAUUGUCGUCUGGGACCUUCACAACCAGACGCUGGUCAGGCAGUUCCAGGGCCACACAGACGGAGCGAGCUGCAUCGACAUCUCCAACGACGGCACCAAACUGUGGACGGGAGGGCUGGACAACACAGUCCGCUGCUGGGACCUCCGAGAGGGACGCCAGCUCCAGCAACACGACUUCACCUCGCAGAUCUUCUCUCUGGGCUACUGUCCGACAGGCGAGUGGCUGGCUGUGGGAAUGGAGAGCAGUAACGUGGAAGUUCUGCACGUCUCCAAACCUGACAAGUACCAGCUGCACCUCCAUGAGAGCUGCGUUCUCUCUCUCAAGUUCGCCUACUGUGGUAAAUGGUUCGUGAGCACGGGCAAAGAUAACCUCCUCAAUGCGUGGCGGACACCUUAUGGAUCCAGCAUAUUCCAGUCUAAGGAGUCUUCGUCGGUUCUCAGCUGUGAUAUCUCCCCUGACGACCAGUUCAUCGUCACCGGCUCCGGGGACAAGAAGGCCACAGUCUACGAAGUCAUCUACUGAACACUGAUUGGCUGGGAGGAAAAAAACUAUUAAUCAGGGGGCGGAGCCAAUGCUCCCUCCUGCACCAAUGACUGUACAGAGCGUCGGUGGCAUGGAAAAGAAGAGACACUCAACUCGUACUUUGUUGUUUUGUUUAUGUUUGUGAAAGAAUUGAGAAAGAGAAGCAAGGGGGGCACAAAGUCACAUCUCUGGAAAAAAACAAACUUUGAACUUUGUUUUUAAUGCUCUGAGAACGCUGGUUAGUCUAUAGCUGCGCAAUUGUGGGAUUCUUCCAAAGAACUUUUGCUUUUGUUCCUUUUUUGUUCCUUUUUUUUUUUAACAAAAUAAAACCUCUGUAGUGAACAAGAAAUUAGCAAAAAGAACUUAUUUUUUUAGCCUUUGAAUUUUCGCAAACAGUUGGACCGCAUCGAGUGGAAAAGGACGGAGACGUGGGACUGAGGAAGUGUGGGGAAGGGUUCAGAGAAGGCUGGGAGCUGUUAAUGGAAAAAUAUGGUCCAUAUUCUGUGCUGUGUAAAAAAAAAUAAAUAAUAAAAA